GCCGCAAGACUUCUCCACAGUAACAAUCAUGGCUCGCAAAGAAAAUAAAGAGGAAGUUGAGCAACCUCAAUACGAUUCGGGAGAUAUCCCAACUUACUUGGGAGCACACGGAAACAGAUUGGUUUGGUUAAUCACUGCCACUGCUACUACUGGUUUCUUACUUUUCGGUUAUGAUCAAGGUGUCAUGGCUGGUUUGAUUACCGCAGACCAAUUCGCGGAGACUUUCCCAGCAGUUUCACCUGAGCAUCAAGCUAGCGUACACGGUUACUCGCAAGAAACUGAUUCUGUUGUUCCGACUAAUACUCCGGCACACUCACGUGCGGCCCUUAUUCAGGCCACAUACACUUCUAUCUACGAAGUCGGAUGUUUAGUUGGUGCUCUCGGUGCUCUCAUUUUUGGUGAUAGGCUCGGUAGACGUCGUAUGAUGUUUACAGGUGCAGGUGUUAUGGUUAUUGGUACUAUCAUUCAAGUUACAGCCUUCGCUGGCCACAAAGCCCCAGAACAAUUCUGUGUUGGUCGUGUCAUUACCGGUGUUGGUAAUGGUCUGAAUACCUCCACCAUUCCUUCAUGGCAAGCCGAAACUUCUAAAUCGCACAACAGAGGUGUUUUAGUAUGUAUUGAAGCGUCUAUGAUUGCUAUUGGUACUGUUAUUUCUUACUGGAUUGAUGUCGGAUUGGGUUACAACUACGACCCAGCGGAUGUCACAUGGAGAUUCCCAAUUGCAUUCCAAAUCGCUUUCGCAGUUGGUCUCUGUGCAGGUGUUGCUUUCCUUCCAGAAUCUCCACGUUGGUUACUCUCUAAAGGACAUGAAGAUGAAGGAAGACGUGUCGUUGCUGCUCUUAACUCCGUUCCAGAAAACUCUGCAGAAGCACACCACCACACCAACAUUAUGGCAGAUGGUAUUAGAUUAAUGACUGAAACUCAAGGUAAAGCUAAGAGACGUGAAGUUCUUACUGGUGGUAAGACUCAACACUUGCGUAGAACAAUUUUGGGUUCAUCAUCACAGGUUUUCCAACAAAUCGGUGGAUGUAAUGCAGUCAUUUACUUCUCACCAGUUAUUUUCCAAGAGUAUCUUGGCCUUGAACGUAAACUUGCACUCAUUCUCGCCGGUGUCAAUGUCAGUGUUUACGCGAUUUGCGCGUGUGUAUCCUACUUCAUCAUUGAAAGAGUUGGUCGUCGCAAGAUGUUCCUUAUUGGUUCAUUCGGUCAAGCUAUGUCUAUGUUCAUCUUGAUGGGUUGUACCAUCCCAUUCGGUUUGUCAGGUCCAAAUGACCACACCAAGAUGGUCCUUAAUGGUGCUGUCCUUGGUCAAUUCUUGUUCUUGGCAUUCUUCGGUGCCACAUGGCUCGAACUUCCAUGGUUGUAUCCAGCUGAAAUUAACCCACUCCGUAUUCGUACCAACGCAAAUGCUAUCUCAACUAUGUCUAACUGGUCUUGGAACUUUGCUGUCGUACAAUGGACUCCACCAAUGUUGGCUGCUAUUAACUGGGGUACUUUCUUAUUCUUCGGUAUUAUCAACUUGUGCUUCGUACCAAUAGUGUACUUAUUCUACCCAGAAACUGCAGGUAGAUCGCUUGAAGAGAUUGACGUUAUCUUCGCUUUGGGUUACACCGAAGGCAAAUCUUACGUCUCAGUCGCCAACUCCAUGCCAAAAUUGUCCUCAGAUGAAGUUAAGUCAGAGGCAGCAAGACUUGGUCUCACUGCUGAAGCAAAGGAUGUCGAGCAAGAAGCACAAACUGACUUACCAGCAUACGAGAGAAAUGAGGAUGUUGACCGCGCAGCAAUCCCAAAGGGUGGUUAAAUUAAUACAAUCAUUUAAUCACAUCAACCCACCUUUUUAAUUCUAACAACUGUAUAAUUCCCUCCUUUUUACAAUUUUUACAUAUUAUCUAGACUUCAAUAGUAAUAUAUUUAGGAUGAAUAUAUAUAUUUUU